GCGAGGAAAGGUGUGUGGACGACAAAGCUGACAUUCAUUCGCUCGCUGUAUAGUUAUUUUUUAUGUGUGCGGUGUGUUGGUACCGUAUUCAUUGGUAUUGAAUACACGUUAGCUGUUUAUUUCGAUUCUCCGGUUACUAGCGGGCCAAUUUAGAACUAUCGGCGAUAGAUUUUUCGAACCUAAUUUGAAGCGCUUGUAUAUUUGUUGAUUGAUUUGCCUCAUUUAACAUGAUUUGAAAAAGUUUAAAAAUGUUCUAAUGUGUCAACGGGCAGUGUGUACACUGAAAUCUCCAUUUACAUACUAACAACACGGUGGCAGUAAGUGUGAAGCAGAUGCACAUUUUCGCCAAAUCUUGUAAGCAAUUGCAUUCAACAGAUACACCAACAGAUCUCGAAAGGAAUGAUAUCAAUAUAUGGUAUGAGUUGUAGAUCAGACAUGAUCAACGUCAGCUCGAAUCCAAAGUGAAAUAUUGCAAUUGUAAGAGCGGUAAGCUACGAUAAAAUCAUCCUUUUCUUCUUUGUACUACACAUUCAUUAUCUCGAAUUCACUACAGCAAUGUGUGAAUGCAAGCGGUAGCAAAUGACAUGAAUUAUAAACAGAGUCAGUGGCAAUCGGAUCUUGUUGCGACGUAGUUUAUAUUGGCACGUUCUCUCACUGUGUGCGAACAUACAUUGGAGUGAUCAAUUGAAGUGAUUAAUAAGCACCAAAAUGAUGCUAUUAGUAUUAUGUUCCAUCUUUUUAAUCUUCCUCAUUUGGCUAGUCUCUACGGUAGUAAACAAUAUGUUGUUGGCUCGUGAGUUACGCCGUAGGUUACCUAAUUUCCGAAGUAUUCCGGCUCUGCCGGUGCUGGGCGUAAUUCUUCACUACCGACGGGAUCGAACGCCACCCGGAAUAUUUGCAACAUUCAGUGGCUUACAUCAGCGCUUUGGCAGUGAUUUGAUAUCGCAAAGUUUUCUCAAUCUACCGAACCUCCAGGUCACCAGUGCAUCGGUUGUUGAGCAGGUUCUACAAGCAAAAACGAUAAGGAAAUCUAUUAUCUACGAGUUUAUGAAACCAUGGUUGAACGAGGGAUUGAUUACGUCGUUGGGAAAGAAGUGGGCGCAACGUAGGAAAGUCGUUACACCAGCGUUUCAUUUCAAAAUUCUGGAGGAAUUUCUGGCGAUAUUUAACGAGCGGUCCGAGGCAUUCGUCAUCAAACUACAGAACCAUUUGGGAAAAGGUGACUUCGAUAUUUACGAGUAUAUCACUCUCUGCACAUUGGAUAUAAUCUCCGAAUCUGCCAUGGGAGUGAAGAUAAAUGCGCAGGAUAACCCAAACUCAUCCUAUGUGAAGUCUGUUAAAGAAAUGUCCAGAAUUAUUUUUCUACGGUUAUUCAGCAUUACUCGAGAGUACAAAAUCUUUUUUCUUACGUCGAAGGCAGCACAACGCCAAAAGGUUGCGUUAUCCGAGCUGCACGGUUUUACCGAUUCGGUCAUUCGGGAAAGGAAAUCACAGCUUAAAAACGAUCAUUCACAAAAGGUAAUGCAAGAAAAGUUGAAUGAAACUGAUAUCUAUGGAAAACGGAAGAUGACGCUUCUGGAAUUACUACUAAAUAUUUCCAUUGAAGGUCAUUCUUUGAGCGAUGCAGAUAUUCGAGAGGAAGUGGAUACGUUUAUGUUCGCCGGACAUGAUACAACAACCUCUUGCAUAAGCUUUUGCGCCUACCAUAUCGCUCAAAAUUCACUGGUUCAGGACAAGUUAGUUUCAGAGAUGGUACAGGUAAUCGGAAAGGAUUUCGGAAACGCAGUAUUAAAGUACAGUGUACUGCAGGAACUGAAGUAUUUGGACAUGACAAUCAAAGAGGUACUACGAAUUCAUCCGUCGGUUCCGAUCAUUGGCAGAAAGUCAGCUGAUGAUAUGGUCAUCGACGGAGCAACAAUUCAUGCUGGUGUUGAUAUUGCCAUACUGAUCUAUGCUAUGCACAACAAUCCUGAGGUUUUCCCGAAUCCAAAAAAGUUCGAUCCAGAACGUUUCAAUGAGGAAAAUAGCAGUAAACGGCAUCCCUAUAGCUACAUUCCGUUCAGUGCCGGAGCCAGAAACUGUAUCGGACAGAAGUACGCCAUGUUGGAAGUGAAGGCAACGUUGGUCAAAUUGCUAGGAUCCUAUCGGCUGUUGCCGUGCGAUCCAUAGAACAACGUUCGGAUUAUGUCCGAUAUGGUACUUCGUCCAGUGAACGGAACUUUUGUUAAAAUUGUUGCGCGCUAAAGAAGAAAAUGACUUAAAUUUAGGAAUAAAGCAGUCAAUUUUUAAUUUGAUAUAAUGAUGAAUCAUAAAGCAAAGUCUUGGCAUUACAUUACUUUUUGAGGAAUUUGGCCUUUCUGUUUCAACAGACUUCGCAGCCGAUUCUUAGUGCACAGAACCAUUGCAUGGUAGUACUAUGGAUCCUACUGAUACUAAGAAUCAUAAUCAUAAUCGAAAAAGAUCACAGGAAUUUGAUAAAUCAUUGUCACAUUGUGUCACAAAAAAAAACAAAUUUAUCCGUUUUAUGCUCAGUUUCUUUUGUAAAUUGAAACAAAUUUGUGUUUAAAAAAAUAGUAUAUAUAAACAUGGACAUUUUGUAUGAAUAACUGGAGGUUCCGCUAAUCAUGACGGUUCUUUAAGAGAAGUUCCUAUUUCAGAAGGAGGACUCGAGGCACACUUCCAAAAAAGCUUAUUAUUCUUUCUGUGUUUUCGGAUCGAAGCACUUGUAACUAGAUUUUCUCUUGGCAAUAGAGAUUUACCUUAGUGUACGGAUUAGACCGUAGAUCUUCUCCCGUUAGUCGCAGCUCGAUGUGUCUGUAGAGCUAUGAGGUUAGGGCAGGUCUGCAACAAAAGUAAGGGAGAGAAACCGGUGAAUCUACGUUCACCCAACAAACGCACGGCGUGGUGCACCCAAACACUCUUCACGCCUAGGGUGAAGACGCUGAUUAGGAUUAUGACAGGUAUCAGACUCACCUCCUCCGACUGCUCUCGUCGGUACAGGACUCGUCGUGAUGGAUACUGCUUUUAACACGUGGUUGAGGGUCGACACUUUUGCGAAAAUAUACGCUAUUUUCGCCUCACUAAUAUUUCUUAGUAACUGGUACGAACUUCGCGGUCAACGGGCGGUCUACGACCGUCCUCAGUUGCUAUUAAAACACUUCCGGAAAACUAAAUGAAUAAAGAAAAG